AUGGCCAGUGUCCUGACACACAGAAAUGUUGCCCAACCACCUGUGGCCAUGCAUGCAGUGAACCACAUGGUCAAGGAAAUGGUCAGGGAAGUGUUCACGCAAGUGUUCAUGCAAGUGAUAGUGGAGGCGGAAGCAGUUCUGGAAGUGGAGGCGGAAGCAGUUCUGGAAGUGGAGGCGGAAGCAGUUCUGGAAGUGGAGGCGGAAGCAGUUCUGGAAGUGGAGGCGGAAGCAGUUCUGGAAGUGGAGGCGGAAGCGGAGGCGGUCAAGGAAGUGGAAGUGGUCAUGGAAGCGGUCAAGCUCCGGGAAGCAGUUAUGGAAGCGGUCAAGGAAGCGGUCAAGGUCAGGGAAGUGAUCAGGGAAGCGGUCAAGCUCAGGGAAGCAGUUAUGGAAGUGGAAGCGGUCAAGCUCAGGGAAGUAGUUAUGGAAGUGGAAGUAGUUAUGGAAGCGGUCAAGCUCAGGGAAAUGAUAAGGGAAGCGGUCAAGCUCAGGGAAGUAGUUAUGGAAGUGGAAGUGGUCAGGGAAGCGAUCAGGGAAGUAGUUAUGGAAGUGGAAGCGGUCAGGGAAGUGGCUAUGGAAGUGGAAGUGAUCAGGGAAGAGGUCAAGCUCAGGGAAGCGAUCAGGGAAGUAGUUAUGGAAGUGGAAGCGGUCAGGGAAGUAGCUAUGGAAGUGGAAGUGAUCAGGGAAGCGGUCAAGCUCAGGGAAGUAGUUAUGGAAGUGGUCAGGGAAGUGGUCAAGCUCAGGGAAGUGAUCAGGGAAGUAGUUAUGGAAGUGGUCAGGGAAGAGGUCAAGCUCAGGGAAGUAGUUAUGGAAGUGGUCAGGGAAGAGGUCAAGCUCAGGGAAGCUAUCAGGGAAGUAGUUAUGGAAGUGCAAGUAGUUAUGGAAGUGGAAGCGGUCAGGGAAGUAGCUGUGGAAGUGAUCAGGGAAGAGGUCAAGAUCAGGGAAGUGGUUAUGGAAGUGCAAGUGGUUAUGGAAGUGGAAGCGAUCCGGGAAGAGGUCAAGAUCAGGGAAGUGGAAGUGGUCAUGGAAGCGGUCAAGCUCAGGGACGCGAUCAGGGAAGUGGAAGUGGCUAUGGAAGUGGAAGUGAUCAGGGAAGAGGUCAAGCUCAGGGAAGCGAUCAGGGAAGUAGUUAUGGAAGUGGAAGCGGUCAGGGAAGUGGCUAUGGAAGUGGAAGUGAUCAGGGAAGAGGUCAAGCUCAGGGAAGCGAUCAGGGAAGUAGUUAUGGAAGUGGAAGCGGUCAGGGAAGUGGCUAUGGAAGUGGAAGUGAUCAGGGAAGAGGUCAAGCUCAGGGAAGUAGUUAUGGAAGUGGUCAGGGAAGAGGUCAAGCUCAGGGAAGUAGUUAUGGAAGUGGUCAGGGAAGAGGUCAAGCUCAGGGAAGCUAUCAGGGAAGUAGUUAUGGAAGUGCAAGUAGUUAUGGAAGUGGAAGCGGUCAGGGAAGUAGCUGUGGAAGUGAUCAGGGAAGAGGUCAAGAUCAGGGAAGUGGUUAUGGAAGUGCAAGUGGUUAUGGAAGUGGAAGCGAUCCGGGAAGAGGUCAAGAUCAGGGAAGUGGAAGUGGUCAUGGAAGCGGUCAAGCUCAGGGACGCGAUCAGGGAAGUGGUUAUGGAAGUGCAAGUGGUCAUGGAAGCGGUCAAGCUCAGGGAAGCGAUCAGGGAAGUAGCUAUGGAAGUGGAAGUGGUCAUGGAAGCGGUCAAGCUCAGUGAAGCAAUCAGGGAAAUUGUAAGGGAUGUGGUCAUUGAAAUGGGCAUUUUGCAUAACCUUUACUGGAGAUCUUUUCGAUUCAGAGCUUUAUUCAUAUGGCAUGUUUUCCUUGUUUGCUCAGUUUAGAAAGACC